GCCCCGGACGGACCGGGACGGCCCCGCCGGCCCCGGCAGCGCGAUGGCGCGGGACCCGGCCUUCGUGCUGCGUUACCUGGCCGAGGUGGAGGAGCUGGCCGAGGACGUGCUGGCGGCGCGGCAGCAGAUUGUGGACCUGGACUUGAAGCGGAACCGGAACCGCGAGGCCCUGCGGGCACUGCAGAAGGACCCAGAGCCUGAUGACCUGGCCGUGGUCUGCUUCGGGGAGAUGUUCAUCGAGCUGCCAAAGGCACAGACCCGGGAGAUGCUGCAGAAGGACCAGGAACAUCUGGAUGAGGAGAUAAACAACCUCCGGAAAGAGCUGCGUGUGAAGGUCAAUCGCCUCUUUGAGGCUCAAGGUAAACCCGAGCUGAAGGGAUUUAACCUGAACCCCAUGAGCGCUGAGGAAAUGAAGCUCAUCAAUCGCAUCCUGGAGGGCUGAGGUGGCUGAGCCACCAUCUGGACUCUGUCAUCCCCAGAGCUCACCCUGCAACAGCCACAGCCUUUGAGGUUUGCAGGAGACAGGCCUGCCCAGAGCCCACCUGGGUGAGCUCCCUGGGAAGCAUUUGGCUCUUCAGCUACAGCACUGCAGCUUCCCUGGAUCACAAACCCUUCCCUGCUCCUUGCUGCACAGCCCUGCUGGGACAUCCAAGGCUGGGGUGGAAGUGGGAUUAUUAAAAUCAGAGCAGCCAGGCA